GAUGUCAUUGAUUCAGCCCCCAUUGUCUACAGUAUAUAAGAGUAUAGCGCCAACCUAACAGAACUACACAGAAGAAAGUGUGAAUGCACAGAAACAGAUUUGAGCAGAAAAGGAGCUUCUGACAAUGGGGAGUCAAAGGACACUUUCCGCGUUGCUUCUGUUGAUGAUGGGUAUGGGGACCACUGCUCUUCCUGCAACUACUGCUAUUGCAGACAUCACUUCAACGGUUGGCUCUUCAUCAGCUACUGUGUGUGGCACCCCUCCACUCAACAACAAAAUAGUGGGAGGUGAAAAUGCCCCUGCAGGAAGUUGGCCCUGGCAGGCAAGUCUCCAAACUUCUGACGGACAUGUUUGUGGUGGGUCCCUCGUCAACAAGGUGUGGGUGAUGUCUGCAGCCCAUUGCUUCUCUAGCUCAGACCCAAAUGGUUGGAACAUUAGCCUUGGUCUACAGACCCUGGAAGGGAAUAACCCCAACGAAGUGUCCAGAACUGUGGCUAAGAUCAUUAUACAUCCAGAUUACAACAAUUUAUCAAAGGACAACGACAUCGCUCUGCUCAGACUCUCCUCACCAGUCAUCUUCACAAACUACAUCCGACCCGUCUGUCUGGCAGCAAAUGAUAGUGUUUUCAACAAUGGUACUGAUAGCUGGGUGACCGGCUGGGGCAACAUCAAUGAAGGAGUUUCCCUCCCAUCCCCCCAGGAUCUGCAAGAAGUGGAGGUUUCAGUUGUGGGGAACAGACAGUGUGACUGCCUCAAUGGGGCCGGCUCAAUCACAGACAACAUGCUCUGUGCUGGUGAUCUGGCAGGGGGCAAGGACUCAUGUCAGGGUGACUCAGGAGGUCCAAUGGUGAUCCAACAGAACUCUGUUUGGGUCCAGUCUGGGGUUGUUAGUUGGGGUCAUGGCUGCGCUCGGCCCAAUCUCCCUGGGAUCUACACCAGAGUGUCCCGUUACCAGUCCUGGAUCGACGCCCAUAUCAGUACCGACAAGCCAGGCUUUGUCCAAUUUACCUCCAGUGGGGUAGAUGCUGACAGCGAUUACAUCUGUUCUGAUGGCCCAACAACUACUGUCGACCUCAACCCCUACCCUUACCCCUACCCUUACCCUUACCCCUACCCUUACCCCUACCCUUACCCCGAACCUUACCAAUACCCCUACCCUUACGAAUCCAUUUUUGAUCAUGGGCACAGUUUGUUCAGCUCCCUUUAUUUGCUGAGCACCUUGUUCAUUCUGAUGUUUCUUGCCAUUUAAAUUCUUUCCGUGAUGCAGUCAUGGGCAAGGUUUAAUUGGCAGUCUGAGUGCAAGUGCUAUUAGUUCGGGAGAUGUAUCUUUUAAAGUAAUGGCUGGCGUGCUCUGGAUGAACGAGCGUUGGGAAGGAGAUAGCCUAUUGCAGCUUAUCCUAUCUAGUAUAUCGUAUGUUCACUUUUCCCUGGGCACAUCAUGCUGAGUGAGUGUUGUUUUGAAUGGGCCUUAUUGUUGUCUUGAUUUAUUUGUGAAGAUGGAUAACCUGAAAUAUAUUUACUUAUUUAUUAAAGGGGCGAUAUGGGAUUCAAACAAACAUUUUUUGUUGUAAAAAGCUUAGGGAUUAGAGUCCGAGGAAACGUAUCUCUUAAAUUCAUAGACAGCGGUUUGGAAACAAUGACUGUCUGAUAGCUUUACAAUGUUUUGUUUUUUACAAUUACAUUGUUUAUAAAAAAAAUAUAUUAAAACCUGCUUAUAUUUUGGCUUGCGGUGAAGUAGGACAGCACUAAGCUCAUGAGACAUUUUAAGUUACAUUCUUCAAGAAUGAAUGGCUAUAUAUCAUUAAAGAGGCACUUUAGUCUCAUUUUCAUCUCUUUUAUCACGUUAUUUAUUUAACAAAAGGCUCAUCUCAAUAGGUGGUUCAAGUAAGUCAUGACAUGGCACAAGUGGGAGGGGCUUUUCCCCUUCUGUUCUCUAUUGGUCCUCUAACCACUAAUUUUGCUCAACAUAUAUGUUAUACCCUUAAGUGGGUGUACAUUAUUAAGUGGGUGUACAUUAAUUGGGAUAGAUAUUGUUUCAACAAGAAUUAUUAUUUUUUUUUCCCUCUUUGGGAAUUUAUAAGUUUAUUUUAUAAGUAAAUUUAUAAGUAAAACAACGGGUGUACCAUUCCCAGAUUGCCCUUUUAAUAUUUGAGAAAUGACAAAUCCUUUUGCUAUGAAAGUUGUAUCAGAAUGAAAAAUCAAAUGUCUUUAUGGAGCGGCCUGCAGUGGUCUUGUGGUUAAGUGCCACAGCCCGACGGGAUAAGAGCGUCUGCUAAAUGACUGACAUGUAAAACGUCUCCUGUCUUUCUUGUCUCUUCUUCUAUCUUUCCUAUCAAUUAAAAAUACACAUAUUAACCUUUCCUAAAGGAGGCACUGCAUUGUGAAACUUUGGUUGAGGUCUAUUCAUUAAAAUGUUGUGAACACA